UCGUCUGCCAUUUCAAGAGCAGAGCUUGAAACCGGCGAGGUGCUUGAGCUUACUCCGUAGGGCCAUGCACAAUGAGGGGCAGGCAAAUGCGUGUUGAGUGGGACAGUCACACAAGGCUCGCCGUGCUGUACAAGUGUCGUCGGACAACAUCCCAUCUAGUGACUCUAGUCACAGAACCCCGAGAACUGUGAAGCAAGACAGCUUGGGAAUUGGAAAUGUGAUGGAGAUGAAUAGAGAACUGAUCUAUAUAUCGAGACGCGAGUGUCUCGCGGAUCUCACAUUCUUCUUCAUGGAACAGUGCAUCGUGAAUUCAUGAUGGACCCUUGUUUCUGCUAUUACCCGUGGCUAGUUGAUGACGACAGUGUGCGGCAACGAGGCAUUCCAGAGAACGGAACGGCAGUGAACUGGACUGAACUGCUGCCGGCCAUUGCUCAACAGUGGCAGCAGCAUAGAGUAUCAACGAUCAACGAUCAGCGAUCAAGCCAACUUGGCUCUGUGACAUCUGUGUCGGUGAAGCCGCGGAAGUCGGGGGGGUCUCGCCACGAUGACCACCGGUCCACCGCACGCAUGCAGGCACUGAGGCGGUGGGUGCGGCGAGGUGUGGUGAGGCCGGCGCAGGGCAGGCAGCGAAGAAAGCGAGCAAAUGAAAUGGACAGGGCCCUGGGCCGGGCGGCGCCGGUCCCCUGCGACGGAGCGUUCUAG